AUGUUGCAAUACUCCUCCCCGAGAAGUACAUAUCUAUUCCCAAAUGAGGUUCCUAAUGGGAGGCAGGAACAAGAUGCUACUAUAACAGACUCGUUAGAAGUUGCAGUUGGAUUCGUCUUAAUUGGCUAUAACAAUGUGUUUUGUGUUGUAGUCGAGAACAGUCAAUUCUCUUUUUCCACGAUUCUCCCUUAUUACGGCAGCCAUCGGCAUUGGAGCCCUUCUCUCGGUGGUUCCUGUGUGCCUCAUACUUCCAGACCAAAGUUGCUUUUUCUCAAGUAUAUGGGCGCCGAAACUGUUAGCAACGCCGCAGUCUCCAAAGCGGAUAAUUUCCCAACUUCCUUCACGGACUAUGUAGCGCCCAUCGAAGAACAAUGGCUUUCUUCGGAUUGCCGAUGUCAGUACAACAUCAAUCGGGUAAAAGCCCCCAGACUUCGCCCCGCCAUGGCAGUCGUACCACACGCGGUAGGUACUGGCCGAGCCCGCAUUCUGGCCCUGAACCCCGGUUUUCGCACGCUGGUGGGGGGAGGCCCAUGUUGUAUCGGCGCUGGUGACUGGUUUGCUAUCUCGCGUUCCCCAUGUUCCACCGGAAUAUAA